AUGCAAGCCGAUAAAGCUAUUUACUUCCUUUACAGAGUCCGUAGUAGUAGUGGUGGUGGUAGGGGGAGUAUACGCUGUAGGAGUAACUUUAGUGGUGGUAGUAGUAGUAAUAUUAGUACUGGUAGUGGUAAUGGUAGACAUUAUAGUAGAAGUGGUAGUAGUAUUAGUAGUACUAUAGAAGCAGCAGCAGAAGUAUCAGCCGCCGUAGCGGCAGCAAACGGCAACAGUGGCAGCAGUAUCAGUGGCAGCAGUAUCAACAGCAGCAGUGCAGAUGUAUCAGGAGCAGUAGUGGCAUCAGUAUCAGCAGCGGUGGCGGCAGCAGAAUCAGCAGCAGCAAUGUCAGCAGUAUCAUCGGCAGCAGUAUCAGCAGUAGCAGUGUCAGCAGCAGCAGUAUCAACAGCAACAGUGGCAGCAGUAUCAGCGGCAGCAAUGGCAGUAGGAUCAUCAGCGGCAGUAGUAUCAGCAGCAGUAGUGGCAGCAUUAUCAGCAGCAGCAUUGGCAUAUCAGAAGUAUCAGCAGCAGUAUCAGGAGCAGCAUCAUCAGCAGCAGCAUUGGCAGUAUGCGGCAGCAGUAUCAGUAGCAGCAGUGGCAGCAGUAUCAGGAGCAGCAGCUGUAUCAGCAGCAGCAGCAGCAGCAGCGGCAGUAGUAACAGAAACAGCAGUGGCAGCAAAAUCAGCAGCACAACAGCGCAGCAGAAUCAGCAGCUGCUGUAGUAGCAGCGGUAUUUGA